UUUGUGACGUAGACAAUGCCUGCCACGUGGCAAUACCUGACUGCGGGGGCUGCCACUGCACGCGAGUGACACGCAUCAGGGAACGCGGUGGCCGUCGGGGCCGACUCCAGCGAUCAUGCAUUUUUUAUUUAGAUUAAUCAUUUUCUUUUACGUGUGGGGCAUUUUUACUGCUCAGGGACAAAAGACAGAGGAGAGCACAGAGGAAGUGAAAAUAGAAGUUUUGCAUCGUCCAGAAAACUGCUCUAAGACAAGCAGAAAGGGAGACCUGCUAAAUGCACAUUACGACGGCUUCUUGGCUAAAGACGGCUCGAAAUUCUACUGCAGUCGGACACAAAAUGAAGGCCACCCCAAAUGGUUUGUUCUUGGUGUUGGACAAGUUAUAAAAGGCCUAGACAUUGCCAUGAUGGAUAUGUGCCCUGGAGAGAAGCGAAAAGUGAUUAUACCCCCUUCCUUUGCAUAUGGAAAGGAAGGCUAUGAAAGCAAGAUUCCACCUAAUGCAACAUUGAUUUUUGAGAUUGAACUUUAUGCUGUAACCAAAGGACCACGAAGCAUUGAAACAUUUAAACAGAUAGACACGGACAAUGACAGACAACUCUCUAAAACUGAGAUAAAUCAUUACCUGAAAAAGGAAUUUGAAAAAGAUGAGAAGCCACGUGACAAAUCAUAUCAGAAUGCAGUUUUAGAAGAUAUUUUUAAGAAGAAUGACCAUGAUGGUGAUGGCUUUAUUUCUUCUAAGGAAUACAAUGUAUAUCAACAUGAUGAACUAUAGCAUAUUUUUAUUUCUAAAUUUUCUUAGCUACUUGCUGUACUUUAUAAAUAAAACAGGUCACUUUUCUCUGAGUUGUAUUUUCUAUUUUUCUUCCAUGACCAUAUUUUGAUCUCAAUACAUGUAAUUUUGGAAUAAUAAAUGCAAAGCUAUUGUGCAAAAUUUAACUUUCAA